CGCCCAGUGGCAGGUUGUCUUGCCUCACGCGUCCUGUGGCCUGCCGCAGAUAAAAAUUCAAACAAAAUCCGAGCGACGUACAAAAUAACAGUUGCAAAUUUGAAACGAGGCGUUGCCAAAAAAAAGUAAAAAUUGCUCAUCUUUUUUUGUGUUGUUGUUGUGGACAUCUUCACACACGCUAACAUUUGACUUGGCACUGGCAAAAUCAAGCCAAGGCCGCAAUGCAGCCGAAAAUAAAUUGUAAUUAAGUAAAGCUACUGAAGGAGACAGUAGAAAAGAAAAUAAGAGUUGUCGGUUUUAUUGGCAACUGUUGGCAACGGAACGAAACGCCAAGUUUAUUUAUUACGCUGCGCUGUGCAAACUUUUCUUUUGGCAGCCAACAAACCAACGAAGACAAACAGAUUAAAACAAAAGCAAAAUGCCAGCAGGUCGUGUGGCCGGUAAAGCCGGCUACUCCAAUCACUAUUACAAUGGUCGCUCGUAUGUGGGCAUCAAUGAGGAAAUUAUGUGGGUUAGCAUUGGCAUGGGCGUGACUAUAGCGUUGCUUAUAACGAUUGCAUUGUGCUACAUUGCGCGAGAGAAAUGCCAAAAACGUCAACGUGAAUAUUACGUGACGGCAUAGUUAAUGUAUGCAGCCUGCCAGCGACACGACGAGAGCGGGGCUGAGGCUGAGGGGAGAGCAGGCGCCAUGUCAACGGCAACGCAUUGCAUUCUCCACAUGGAGGACAUCGAUGCGGAUAUUGUUGUAGACAAAAAGCAGGCGUUGUCAAUAGCAGUACCCGAGAAGACAGCGGAGGCGGAGAGGGAUGCGACGCAGGAGCCGGCAGGGGAGGAGCUCGAGCUGCAGCUGGAGUUGAUGCCUUUGCCGGCAGUAACCAUUAUGAGCUGGGCUGUUGUUGACAUUUGUGGGGCUCGCAGCUGGGGCUAGCCAAAAAAAAAAAAAAAAACAAAAA